AGCAAAACUCAAACAUGUCUAAAAACCUUCUGAAAAAUCCACAUGGAGACGAUGUUUUUAAUAACUGGGAAUUGACGCAGAACGGUGGAGAUCAAUGGCAAAUUGAACCGACGCCUGAUGAUGCAGUGGCUACAUACUUCUGCACCUCAUUUCAGCCGUGUCUAAAAAAACAAGUGAUUGAUCUGGUGCAAAACGGUUAUAAUGCUUCAUAUUUAGAUUCUGCGCCUGAAGUGACUGUGAAGGACUGGUACAGCACUCGACCUGACUGUGGGGGCGUUUAUAGGCUUACUGUGUCACUGCUCAAUGCAAGUCGAGCUGUCAUUGCUACAUUUAAGCCGGCUGAUGUGACUGUGCCCCAGGGUACCAACUGGACAGCGGUGACACACAAGUUUACAGGUUAUGGUCCUGGUCUACGCUUCAUCUCUUUUGAACAUGGUGGUCAAGACAGUAAAUAUUGGAAAGGCUGGUAUGGAGUGAGAGUCACUGGAAGUUUUGCCACCAUACCCCCAAAACCCUAAUAUGUGAUUCAAUAAUG